AUACAUUUGUUGUAAUAGACAUUUUUGCAUAAACAGCUCUUCUAAAUGGUUAAUUCGAUUCUUCUUUUCGAUCAUUCAUCGUACUUUUUAGUUAUCAGUAUUGCGUCAAUCGUUAAAAAACAAAACGCGUAUAUUUUUUAGUAUUGUUCGCAUAAAUACACUUUUCAAUAAAAUCGAUUAAAAUGUGAAGUGUUAAUUAUUUAUCUUUAUAGUUCGAUCUAAUAAAUAGUCAUUAUCAUAUCAAUAAUUUAUAUUGCGUCAAUUGUAAUCAAAAACGUUACGAUUUUGAAGAAAAUCAAAAAAUCUCCGAGCUGUAUUUGUAGUUAUUCGAUAUCUGUACGUUGUUUAAUACCAAGAAAUUUUUUAAUAAUAAUCCGAAAAGAAAAACAGUUAUACAAUGAUGGAUAUAGAGAGGACGCAAAGUCACGAUUUAAAAUGUAGUAUAUGCAAGAAUUAUUUGAAUAUACCUCCGGUAUUAACAUCGGACGACGGUAAAAUAACGAAAUGCGGUAGAUGCCAAUACAAAGGACCGACAUUAAAUAACAGAAACACCUUAUACGAAUCCAUCGGUUCGAAAUUGAGAUUUCCUUGUAUGUAUCCUGAAUGUAAAGAUAGGAUGUCUUGGAACGAGGUACAAAGACACGAGAGAUCCUGCCAAUUUCGAAGGAUAUCUUGCCCGUUUUGGAAUUGCCGAGAUAAAAAUAUAAGUUUCAUUUUAUCGAACGACGUCAGCCAUUUCGAGACGUGUCAUCCGGGAUCGAUGCACUACGGACCGAUUACUCUAAAUUUUAAAGUCAUAACGCAUCAUCAAUCUUUUAUAAAAUUGCUCAUAAUAAACGAUACGCCGUUUUUGAUGUUUAUACAUUGUUUAAAAUUCGGCGAAACCGCCGUUCUAAUCGGCGUAUUUUCUUGCGAUAAUCGACAACACGAUUUCGAAAUUAAAAUUCGUUCGGAUACCGAUUCGAAUAGAUUUACUUUAUUCAAAGAGAAAGUACCGUUGUACGACGAACAACAACAUUGCCUCUAUUGUUUGCAGAACAUCUGUUUUUUGGAACAUCACAAAUUUUCGAAAAAACAUCCCGACAAUCAACAACAGAGAUACGAAUUGUAUUCGAAUAUCGACGUGGCGGCCGCUAAAUCAUUAUUGCAAACCGAAAAUUUGAUGUUCGAUAUUAGCGUCACCGAACGUAGAAACGAAGAAAACGGCAGUAUUAUUAGUAGAAAUAGCGAUUAAAGUAUGAAAUAAAAAAAAAUAUUAAAAUUGUUGUGAUAGAUCAAAAAAAAAAAACAAUCGACCAUUUAUUAUAUAGAUUUACUUUAUAUUUAUUGUAUUAUUUCAAUUAAAAGGACCUUUUAGUUGAUAAGUGUUAUUUCUAUGAAUUGUUGAGGUAAAAUAGAUGUUUUGUGAUACA